AUGGACGACGAUGGUGGCAUGACCGAAUGCGGGGAUGGAAACCCGUUCGUUCCACCUUCGAGAUAUAAAGUUCCAAGGGUGAAAAAUGGAGCCCCGCAGGAAUCUACCCAUCGGUUAAAACAGUAUCUGGAGGGCAAAGCUGAUAUUGGGAUUCCUUUGUACCAUCUCAUUGCCAACCUAGAAUCGAUUCUGCGCAAGUCUAACGAGAAAACGGUGCAAGAUCGCAACAGAAGUUUGGUAGUCAACAAAAUACAGAAUUUUCUGUCACGGUCCAAACGUCAACACAACAAGAACCCACUAAGCCAAUUCUGCUGCAGAGCCACCAAAACCACUAAGGAAUUCCUCCGUAAGAACCCAGAAGUGUGCGCAUUGGAAUCCGACAAAGGAAAACGAAUGGUUGUCAUUUACACUAAGGAGUACGACCAGAAUAUGGAAGCUUUAUUGGACAGUCCAACAUUGCUCAACUUGAAGCUAAUUGACACAACUACCGCCACCCGCCUUCGCACCUACACAGCUAUCUGCCCCCGCAUAUACAGGCAACCAAAAGCUCACAAAGCUGAGCUGCCUCUUCAGCCUGUUGUUCCCAACAUCACUGCUCCCACCUACGCCCUUUCCAAAUAUGUUACCAACAGAUUACAACAAGCAUUCACAAGUAAAUACAACAUUUCCGACAGUUUUCGCGAGAUAUAUCAACAUCAUCACGCUCCGGACUACGUCAUCGUAUCAUUCGACUUCGUUUCUCUGUUUACGAACGUACCACAAGACCUUAUCAUGCAAACCAUCAUAUACCGGUGGCCGAGCAUAAAGGAAAAAACAAGCAUAAAUUUGAAUCUUUUUCCGGAGAUGGUCGAGUUUUGCUUAAAAUGUAGCUAUUUCCAGUUCAGAGGCAAGUACUACUUGCAACAGACGGGCACUGCCAUGGGAAGCCCUUUGUCGCCAUUUCUGGCCGAUAUGGUGAUGGAGGACCUUAUAUGCAACGCAGCCCGAAAACUAAGUUUCACUCCCCCGGUUCUCAAAAAGUAUGUAGACGACCUGAUACUAGCCCUACCAAAGCAAGAAACAUUAAACACUCUUGGCAUAUUUAACGAUUUUCAUCCAAAUCUCCAAUUCACGAUGGAAGAAGAUAGUAAUGGAGCUCUGCCGUAUCUGGACACGAAGGUUAUCCGUUCAGCACAACAAACACUAAGCAAAGAAUGUUAUUCCAAGCCCAUUGCAUCCGGAUGUCUGCUAAAUUUCCACUCGUUCCAUCCGCUUUCAAUGAAAAUAAACGUCGCUUCUAAUUUCAUCCAACGAGUAACCAGCCUGACCACCAACAACCCCAGCAUAAACAUAAACAGACGAUUUUCCAGCACCUCCGUCGUAACAGCUACCCAUUUGCUCUCAUCAACCGCCUCAUCAACAGAACAACACAAUCGUUUUCUCAACCGACAACGCCACCACCCAACAUCUGCCCGCGCGACAACGCUGCUCCUGAAACCACCUACCGUUCGAUGUUUAACAUACCAGUACUCAGCUCCAUUCUUGUCAGCAUCCUCAAAAAGAUUACCCUCUAGUUAA